AUGGGUCGCGGUGGGGUGGGGGUUGGUCCAGUUGGCUACUGUGUGCGAUUUGAAGAUGUCACUGUACCAGGGUUGACUCGUCUGCGCUACAUGACCGACGGUAUGCUGUUGCGCGAGGCCUGUCUAGAUCCCACUCUCUCUCGGUACUCUAUUGUGAUUGUUGAUGAAGCACACGAACGCACGCUUAACACGGAAGUGCUACUGGGAGUGGUACUUAACGCCAGCAAAAAACGGGCAAACUCACCUAAGACUCUCAAAAUUAUCGUAAUGUCCGCCACAAUUAAUCCCAGGAUAUUUGUUGAUUUCCUCGAUCCCUCAAGAACUCGAGUAGUUUACAUGCAAGGACGGCGGUUUCCCAUUAGGAUUUUAACCGCUGACAAACCCUCCAUUGACUAUGUCUCUGAUGCUGCAUCCACUUGCAUUCAGAUGCAUAGUGAACCGACGUGUCCGCCUGAUCGCGGUUUCCUCAUCUUUUUAACGGGAGAGGAGGAGAUUACACGAUGUAUUAGUCUCAUCCGUCGUCUUUAUAAAGCUCUAUUGGAAUCUAAGAAGUCGUCAAGCAAGGCCUCUACGAAUGAUGUCACAUCGUUGCCUCCUCGACUCUCUGUUUUUCCCCUCUUCGCAGCCCUUCCCCAGACGCAACAAUUGAAAGCUCUGACCUUUAGUGAACAAGGUACUCGGAAAGUAAUUGUAAGUACAAAUAUUGCAGAGACUUCCAUUACCAUUCCAGGCAUCCGCUAUGUGAUUGACUGUGGAAGGGCGAAAACCUUGUAA